GAGUCGAGCAGAAUAAAUCGAGAUAUUGGCGAGUGCAGAGCUGGCGAAGUGCGAAGUGCAAAGAGGUUUUAACACCAUUCAAUGGCAGUUACGACAAGUUGGCAUUAAAGGUGGCACUUCAAAAAAAGAAAAGAAAACUCGAGAAACCCAAGAGAAAAAUGAGAAAAAAUAUACACUUAAAAUGUGACAAGUGAAAGCAAGUUACUAAUUAGUCUAGCAGUCUGGCCGGAAGAGCAACCACUUGAGUGCAACCCCAGGCAGACUUACCCCCAGUCCAGACUUACCAACACUCCAAGAAGCAACCUGGCGAGCAACCCCAUUUCAUUCUAUAUGAUUAUCGUGCUGUUGUUACUAUUCCAAUCGCUGUGCCUCUACUGCCAACGUCUCGUGCUCCACAUCCACGACAGAUGCUUUCCGCGGAACGCACGUCUGAUCCAGGAGGUGGCCGAAACCGUUGGCGAUCGUAAGGCUCUUCAGCACUUGGAGCACUUGGAAUUGGAGCAGACCAAGCGUCGACAAAAGCGUCGCACACUGGAGUCCAUUUUGCCAUUGGGUGCCGGUGCCAAUCUUGAAGCGUGUCGUUUCUGCGCCCAUAGUCCACAAGGCUAUUGUCGUCAUCACUUCCAUCUGCAGCUCUACAAGCAACGACUGACAGGUAGCCAGAGGUACAACUCUGGCGAACAGGAUUACAAGCAGCAACGCAGGAUAAGGCGAGAGCUGAAGCGCAGUCUGGAGCAGCAGCAACAACAGCAACUGCAGUCAAGAAACAGCUAUCGCUAUCAGCACUAUCAGAGUCCCAGUCGUAGCUCUGUAAGCAGUGGUUACGCAUCACUUUCUCAGUCAGUGUCAUUAGACGAGUUACAGCUGGAAGGGCAGGAGCAGGAGCUGCACGAGGAACAGUUCGAAGAGGGCUUUGAGGAAGAACAAUUCGAGCAGGUCGAGGAACAGUUUGAAGAACAGCACGAACGACAAAUUGAGCAGCAUUUAGAGGUGCAUUUCGAGGACCUUCGUCAGCCAGAGUUGAUAACGAGCCAUUUAUAG